AAAAUACUAUGUUAUACGUGUUUUAUUUGGGGUUUGGGUCUGUUCGACAUAGUUCUCGAAGCUUGUUCAAUCUCUGAGAGAAAAGUAGAAUGGGGAAAGAUUUGGCAGUGGAAAACUUGCAAGUCAUCUUCAAAGGCUACACCGAUGGAUCUCCAGUGGAAACAGACAUGGAAUUGAAACAUGGAAAUCUAAUCAAAUUGGAAGCACCUCAAGGAUCCAAUGCUGUUCUAGUGAAAAACCUCUACUUAUCCUGCGAUACUUACAUGCGUGGCCGGAUGCGCGAUCGCCAUGACUCCUUUAUCCCUCCCUUCGUCCCUGGAUCUGCAAUAGAAGGAUACGGGGUGGCAAAAGUGGUGGAUUCUGAUUGCCCAGACGUAAAAAGUGGAGAUAUAGUGUCAGGGAUUACAAAUUGGGAAGAAUACAGCUUGAUCCAGAACACUGGUCAACUGAAGAAAAUUCAACAUGUUGAUGGCAUUCCUCUCUCUUACCAUCUUGGUGUUCUUGGCAUGCCAGGAUUUACAGCUUAUGCUGGUUUUUAUGAGGCUUGUGCUCCUAAGAAAGGAGAUUAUGUUUAUGUGUCUGCGGCCACCUCUGCUGUUGGACAGCUUGUUGGUCAACUUGCUAAGAUACACGGAUGCUAUGUGGUUGGAAGCACUGGCACAAGCCAGAAAGUGGAACUUCUGAAGAAUAAGCUUGGGUUUGAUGAAGCCUUAAACUACAAAGAAGAAUUAGACCUCGAGGCAGCUUUGGCAAGGUACUUCCCUCAAGGAAUUGACGUAUACUUCGAUAAUGUGGGUGGAGUCAUGCUCGAUGCAACAAUUGCAAACAUGAGAAACCAUGGUCGUAUCGCCUUGUGUGGAAUCCUUUCUCAGAACAAUAGAAAUGAUCCACAAAGUUUUCGCAACAUGUUCAGUGUUAUAUCAAAGCGAAUAACGAUGAAGGGAUUCCUUCAGAGCGAUUUCUUGCACUUGUACCCUCGUUUUUUGGAAGACGUUACACAUUACUACAAGCAGGGGAAAAUUGUGUAUCUUGAAGACAUGAGCGAUGGCCUUGAAAGUGCACCUGCAGCUUUUGUUGGAUUAUUUUCUGGCAAAAAUGUUGGUAAGCAAGUAAUCCGCGUGGCUAGCGAAUAAAUUCUCCGAUGCCUUUAUACUUGGAUGCAUUUACUUUUCCAUAGUAGUUCAUGGGAUACUUUUGAGGGAGUGUUGUAAUAUCUCGUUAUCUAACCACACCCUAAACGACAAUAUCGUUAUAUAGUUUAUGUAUUUGGAUAA